UCGCGGCCGCUUUUCCCGCCUCCGCCGGAGUCGUGGUAGGGUGCGGGUGACAGUUCAGCAUGGCCGGAGCGGAGAGCCCCGCUGGGCGUCCGUCGGAGCUGGAGCCCGUGGUGUCGUUGGUGGACGUGCUCGAGGAGGACGAGGAGCUGGAGAACGAGGCGUGCGCUGUCUUGGGCGGCAGCGACUCCGAGAGAUGCUCCUACUCGCAGGGCUCAGUAAAGAGACAAGCUUUAUAUGCCUGUAGUACUUGCACCCCAGAGGGAGAAGAACCAGCAGGAAUUUGUCUGGCUUGUAGUUAUGAAUGCCAUGGAAGUCAUAAACUCUUUGAACUAUACACAAAAAGAAAUUUUCGUUGUGAUUGUGGAAACAGCAAGUUUAAAAAUCUGGAAUGCAAAUUAUUUCCUGAGAAAGCAAAGGUAAAUUCUGGUAAUAAGUACAAUGACAACUUCUUUGGACUGUAUUGCAUUUGCAAGAGACCUUAUCCAGAUCCUGAAGAUGAGGUUCCUGAUGAGAUGAUUCAAUGUAUAGUCUGUGAAGACUGGUUCCAUGGAAGGCAUCUUGGCGCCUUUCCCCCGGAGAGUGGGGAUUUCCAGGAGAUGGUAUGCCAGGGUUGUAUGAAACGUUGUUCUUUCUUGUGGGCCUACGCAGCACAGUUAGCAGUAAUGAAAAUAUCUCCUGAGGAUGAUGGGUUGGUGCUGAAUGUUGACGGAAUAGGUGAUCAGGAUGUUAUCAAGCAUGAUAAUGGUGGUCAUCAAGAUACUACCCUCAAAGAUGAUGCUCCAGAACAUGGAAAGGAUGCUGUCAAGGAAGUUAAAGCAGAGCAGAAUAAUGAGCCUUGUGCCAGCUCUAGUUCUGAAUCUGAUCCCCAGACUGUGUUUAAGAAUCAAAGCCUCAACACAGAAUCACCAUCUGGCUGCAGAUUUCAGGAGCUCAAAGCUAAGCAGUGUGUAAAGAAAGACACUGCCACCUAUUGGCCCCUGAACUGGCGCAGCAAGUUGUGCACCUGCCAAGGCUGUAUGAAAAUGUAUGGAGACCUAGAUGUCCUCUUCCUGACAGAUGAAUAUGACACAGUUUUGGCUUAUGAAAACAAAGGCAAGAUUGACCAGGCCACCGAGAGAAGGGACCCAUUGAUGGACACUCUCAAUAGCAUGAACCGAGUCCAGCAAGUGGAGCUCAUUUGUGAAUAUAAUGACUUGAAGACCGAACUUAAAGACUAUCUGAAGAGAUUUGCUGAUGAAGGCACGGUUGUUAAGAGAGAGGACAUUCAGCAGUUCUUUGAGGAAUUUCAGUCAAAAAAGAGAAGAAGAGUGGACGGGAUGCAGUAUUAUUGCAGCUAAAAUGGAAUACAAUGCUUUCACUCAGGCCAAUGAAAACGCCGCUUUACUGUUCCAGGAACACAUGAGGCCUGUUUCAUACUCGGUUCCCUUCCUGUCCUCCAGCUGUGAGCUCUCUUCCUUCUUAACUACAGUAGCCACCAGUUGACGCUCAUCUCACAGCCAGCAUCCUUCAUUAUGACUCAACUAAACGCAACUCAUUCCACAGACUUCAGCUCUCUCCUGUCCAGGAUACCCAGGGUUUUCUGGUUUUAAGUUUUAAGAAGUUUGAUUUGGUUUUGAGAAAGCAAAUUGGUUCCUUUUCUAGUGAUUUGUUUUUAAACUCCCAAAAUGUGUGUCCUUUGUCACAGAUCUGUCCCUUCUAGGACCUUGGUAGGCAUUGCAGAAACCAGAAGCUCUAAGGGUCCCCCUCCCUCCAUGAUCGUGGUGCCUUGGGUUAGUGCUUCCUCAAGCCUGUUCUGCCUACUUCUCCCUCCCCUGCUUUCUGAGGUUUGUCAUGGCUUAGAAGGGAUCUUGGAACCUGCUUUCUCUGGGCCAGCCUCUAGAGUAGCCAGGACUGAUGGUGUUCUGGCCUAAAUGUUUGUCAUAGGCAGGGAGACUAACAGAAACAGUGUUGAGGAAGCAGACCUUUGUUCUGAAUUUUAAUGAUCAAUUUCAAGUGAACUACUCAUUCAUGAUUCUCCUGGCACUCGGAUGUUAGCAUUUCAGUACUGUAUGCUCCCAGGGCUUCUUGGGGAGGGGAAUUCUGCCAGUACACUACUCCCUUUCCUGCUGCCUAGAAAACGACCAGGCAUUACCCCUGUGAAAUCUUGGUCGUUUGCUAAGUCCUCUGGAUUUCCUUAUGUUAUCAGGGAUAUUCAUAACUUUAUAUUUAAAGUGGACCUCUUUUGAUAUUGCUUUGUUAUAAAAAUGUUAUUAGAACCCAAGUAAGUUAUUAUUUCUCCUUGACCCUGUACCGAAGACAAAAGAUACUGUUUGGCUUUCUUGCAGUGAGGGCAGUGGCUUCCCUGGUUUGGAGGAGACUGGCUAAGGGAGAGAUUCCAGAUGAGACCUUUAGCUACAUUUCACACCCCAUCCACAGCCACUUCUCUAAUGACAGGGCUUUCAAAGGUCCUCCUGGGACAUAUAAAACUCUGCAUUUGAGAGGAAGGCCUUUCAGUUGGUAUGAAAUCUCUUCGAAGCCCUCAGCCUGUGGAAAAGAUUUUUUGGUACAAAAAGAACCCUAAGUUGCAUUGUGUGGAGGAACAGGGUCUUUCCUGACAGUAGGUGACAUACUUUGAGGAAAAGUUACUCGGGCUACGUGUGUGUGAAUGUUCCUUUGCGUCCAGCAGUCAAGAUGAGCAAGAUGAACCAUCAGGGCUCAUGAUAUGGUACUGGUUAUGGUUUUGGGUUUUGGGCAUUCAGCCUCCUUGCAGAUCCUUGGGAAGACUAGUGUGUGUGUAGCUCAAGGUCUUGUGGCUGCAGGAGGUGCCUGGGUGCCCUGAGUGGGCCUUGUGGAGAGGCUUGUGGAAAAGCUCGGGAACUUUUCCAAGUCUGAGGAUUUGAGCUGCACUGUUAGUUUAUCAUUGUGUCCUGCAAGUUUGUAUCUCCCAAAUACCUGAUUUAACUUCCAGAAGGUUCCUUUCUUGCGGUAACAGGUCAGGACCAAAUCUUGGAGGCAGUGUGUUACUGUGCAGCACAGUUGUGCAUGUCACCCAGUGUUUGGUGGCUUGUUUCACAAAAGGUACUGCUCUUCCACAUUAACCGGAAAACUUUUUUUUUUUUUAAACCUGUUCACAACUAGUUUUCUUACUAUUGGACUGUCUCUUCUACAGAGAGACUCUCUUUGGCCAACAUAUGGCAGUUGAUACUAAUGCAUGUUUUAUGCAAAACAAGGAUGUGAUACUAGUUGCUUUUAAGGAAUUCUGGCAUUCUAUGUACUUUUUUUUUGGUAGCAACUGUUAUUGGACUUAAAUUACAUACUUCAAUCAGGUUUCUGUAAAAUCUAAAUAAAAACAAUUCAAAAUA